AUGGGCGUCUACAUAUGUGCCGAAACCUGUGAAAGUCACUACGGAAAAAAGCCAAACUGCAACAUCACGCUAGCGGACAAUGAAACAGCUAUCUUCAUCGGUGACGUUGAGUUUGGGAGUUUCCAGGGUGACCCUGAUAUCGGCGGCGUUGGUGUUCUCGCUGCAUUUCUUGCGGUCACAUCGCUUGCGAUAUGUUUCUCGGUAGCUAGCACAGGAUGGUGGCUUUACAAGAACCUUGGCCUUGCUGGUCCCCAACCUCAUCUCGAGGAGAGAACAAACAAUAUCGCCGGCCUGUUUGAAGCUUUGAUCGUCAACUGCAGCGAUCAGCAAAUCUUCACUGGUCUUGCUUAUGCCCUCUGCCUUCGAUACUCGAAAAGCUGCACAGUUACAGCGUACCACUACAACAUCGUUACCAAUCUCCUGCAAAUGCGCAGUUGGCUCAGGGACUCUGGAUGGAUGGAUCUUGGUGACAGGGGUCUAAGCCCCGAAGACGAUCCAUCUACUUUCGGUCAGCUUAUUCCGCUGUUGCUUAUCUUUCUCACCCUCUUCACCUUCCUCCAGAUCAUGAGCGAGCGCGGUGCAUUAUUCCGCAAGGCGAGACAUGCAGGAAGCAAAGAGCAUCAAAGGCUACAGGCAAAUGCAGACAAUACCCCCGAAAAUGUCACAUCAAGACCAAACGAAAAGGUGUCCUUUGUCGAAGCAGGAAAUAUUGCCAACAGCCUUAAUGAUCCCGAAGCUAUUCCCGUCCUCCGUGAUGGUCCCCGCCGUUACGGCAAGUCAAGGGCAAGUAUCAACCGUUGCGGUGUCAAUGAAAGCAACAAUGAAAAGAAAACGAACAACAGCGGCGAUGCUAUCGCUCAGGACUUCCCUGCCGGAGAGGAGAGCGAUACUGGCCUGGUUACCCCUUCGAUCGCCGAAAGUAGCCAGUUCAUGCCGUCAGCCACAACCGGACCAAAGCAAACCAAGACCUACUCAACCUACUCACCAGACACCAUCCUCUCCAGCCAACAAUCCAGCACCACUGAAGUGAGCCCGGGCCCCUUCAUGAGCCCGGCCAUCGCCAGUCCAUUCUCUCUUCCUUUCAACUCCCCUACUACGGCAAGCACAAAGUCCCAGGUGAAGCAUGCUCACACCCAUUCGAAGGUGAUCGACCUCAAGUACAACUCUGCCUCUCAGUCUCAGACGCAGAUGUACUUCAGCCCUGAUGACAGUCCACUUUCUAAGCAGGCUGCUACACUUGCCGUUGGGUCGCUUCCUGGUACUCCUAGCAACGGGAGCGGGGGGAAUGGGAGUGGCCCUAGUGGGAGGGGUACGCCUGUGGGGAAGGGACAGAGUCAAGGAGUUGGUAGUCCUGCAAUGGAAGUUGCCGGAGAGUUCCAGUUCUAG